AUGGAGAAGUCAAAAGCCGAUAAGACGUCAUCCGCUCACCUGGAGGCACAAAACUCCAACGAAGACACCCAAUGUGCCGAGAAACCUGCUGCAUGGCAGAUGAGCGUGGACGAAGCGAAGGCGGCAAACAUCAAUGAACACAAUAUGACUGUUCGGCAGGCCUUACGAUCUUAUCCCUGGGCGGUGAUCUGGUCACUCACCAUCUCCAUGUCAAUCAUCAUGGAAGGAUAUGACACCAAUCUCAUUGGCAGCUUCUACGGGUAUCCCGCUUUCCAGAAACAAUUUGGCAUCGAGCAUGUUGAUGGGUAUCAGGUGCCCCAGGCGUGGCAGUCGGCUUUAGGAGCCGGCAGCAAUGUUGGUUGCAUCGUCGGGGCGUUUCUGAACGGGUACCUGGUUAAGUACUAUGGGUUUAAGAAAGUCUUCAUGGGGGCGCAGGUGCUCAUGUGCGGCUUCAUCUUUGUAUCCUUCUUUGGCAAGUCCUUGGGCCUUCAAGUGGCUGGGCAAGUUCUUUGCGGCAUACCGUGGGGCAUUUUUGCGACAAUCGGACCGGCAUACUCGUCGGAGUUACUGCCCAUGACACUGCGAUCAUACUUGACUGCCUACAUCAAUAUGUGCUUCGCUAUCGGCCAGUUCAUCAGCGCCGGUGUGCUUCAAAGUCUGGUUAGUCGAGAUGACCAAUGGUCGUAUCGUAUUCCGUAUGCCGUACAAUGGAUCUGGCCGAUACCGUUGUUUUUAGUAGCCGUCCUUAUGCCGGAAUCACCCUGGUGGCAGGUGCGCCAUGGAAAAUAUGAAGCUGCUCAGAAAACGGUCCAUCGCCUGACCAGCAGGUCAGAGAGAGCUAAUCCUCGACAAAUAGUCGCCAUGAUGAUCCAUACAGACAGCAUCGAACGGGAAAUUGAGGCUGGCAGCUCGUACUGGGAUUGCUUCAAAGGAAGCAAUCUGCGACGCACGGAAAUCGCUUGCAUGACCUUUGCCGGACAGGUGCUAGCCGGCAUCCAAUUCGCGUACACAGGCACAUAUUUCUUCGAACAAGCGGGAAUGACUCCUUCGGAUGCAUACAAGCUCGGACUGGGUGGCACGGCGGUUGCGUUUGUAGGGACAAUCCUCUCCUGGUUUCUUAUGAAGUUGUUUGGUCGUCGACCCAUGUACUUGACUGGCAUGGGACUGAUGUCAUUAUAUCUUCUCAUCAUCGGUUUCUUGGCACUUCCGAAGGAUAACAACAACCUUGUCUGGGCACAGUCUGCUCUCUGCAUCGUUUGGUUGUUUACUUUCUCAAUGACCGUGGGACCAAUGGGUUGGUCUAUACCAUCAGAAGUCUCAUCGACGCGAUUGCGAUCGAAGACGAUUUGCGUGGCCCGCAAUGCUUAUUACAUUACCGUUGUGGUGGCCAAUGUCAUUGAACCAUACAUGAUGAACCCGGUCGCAUGGAAUUGGAGAGGCAAAACGGGCUUCUUUUGGUUCGUUUUUGCUUUCCUCACGUUUGUCUGGGGUUACUUCCGUCUCACCGAGACCAAAGGGCGGACUUUUGAGGAACUAGACAUUAUGUUCGCGGCCGGGGUGUCCACCAAAAACUUUGGGAGUUAUCACGUCGACGCGUACGCGGAGAAUGUGGCGAUCAAAGACCGGGCAAGAAAAGGUCCACCUGAAGAGAAGACAGGUCUUACCACAUAG